AUGGUGCGCGCCUCAGUGUUGGCGUCCCUCGUAGCGGCCGCUGCGUCGACCUUGGCAGACAAGGCCAAAUCCGACCGCAAAGUCUCCAGGGAUAUCCUGUCUGGCGCAUACAUAAUCGAGCUGCACAACGGCCAAGACCAUUCCUCGGUUGAGCAAUCUAUCGGCAAAGAUGGCGCAACUCGAAUGAAGUUCAAUUACGAGCUGUUCAAUGGACUUUCAGUUCAAAUGCAUGAUCAUGAAAAAGCCAAGGAUAAAGCUGCGCAGUUGGCAGCUUUGCCCGCUGUCAAGGCAGUGUAUCCUGUCAAGCUCUACCCACAACCUAACCCCAAGGUUGACUGGGUCGCUCCUCCUAAUCUUGAUUCGUCUGUAGCCUUGGAGUCUUUGCGAGUCGCCCAGGAUACCUUUUCGCCUCAUGUCAUGACGCAAGUCGAUAAGCUCCACGCCAAGGGCAUCACUGGAAAGGACACGAAACUUGCCGUUAUCGAUACUGGUAUUGACUACCUGACUGCUGGUCUUGGAGGGUGUUUCGGAAAGGGCUGCCUUGUGUCGUUUGGAACUGACCUUGUCGGUGACUCUUACAACGGCAACAACACUCCUGAACCCGACCCCGACCCAAUGGACUGCGCGGGCCACGGAACUCACGUUGCUGGUAUUGUUGCUGCCCAGCCCAACAGGCUCGGGUUCACUGGGGUUGCCCCUGGAGUCCACUUGGGUGCUUACCGAGUCUUUGGCUGCAACGGCACCGUUAGUAGCGAUGUCCUCAUCGCUGCCUACAACCAGGCUUACCAAGAUGGCGCCAACAUUAUCACUUGCUCUGUUGGCUCAGACGGCGGCUGGCCCGAGGACCGGUGGGCAGAGGCUGUCUCACGUAUUGUGGAAAAGGGCGUUCCUUGUGUUCUGUCUGCUGGCAACAGCGGUGAUCAGGGUCUCUUCUUUGCCGACGACGCUGCGGAUGGUCGGCGUGCUACUGCAGUUGCUUCCUUUAACAACAUUGACAUACCGACUCUCUACUACAAUGCCCAGUAUCAGAUAGACGGUGGCGCAGAUUCCGAAUUCAAAUACGCUUCCGAAGACGAGCCCAAUUGGCUAGGUGUCGCUCUCCCUGUCUGGGCCAGCAGCCUUGAUCCCACUGUCGCCGACGAUGGCUGCAAACCGUUCCCCGCAGACACCCCCGACCUGAGCAAGCACAUUGUUUUGAUCCGUCGUGGUACUUGCUUUUUUGCAGAGAAAAUGGCCAAUGCUGUGGCCAAGGGCGCCCAGUACAUUAUUCUUUACAACAAUGUUCGUCCUGGCGCCCUCAACGUCGGCCGCAGCGACGCCACCGGUCCUCCCCCCAAGGCCGCUGCUAUGAUUGAUGCUGCUACUGGAGAAUCCUUCAUCAAAGUUCUGAAGGCUGGGAAGAAGCUCACCUUGAAAUUGCCGAGCCGUCUCACCGUACCGAUUCUCGUUUCAGAAAAAAACUCCCUGACGGGCGGCGCUCUCAGCGAAUACACCAGUUGGGGACCGACCUGGGAAAUGGCUGUCAAGCCUCAGUACGGCGCCCCUGGCGGCAACAUUCUUUCCACGUGGCCUCGGAGUAAGGGGGGGUUCGCCGUGCUCUCUGGUACGUCCAUGGCGGCCCCUCAUGUCGCUGGAAUCAUUGCCUUGAUUCACCAGGUUCGUGGCACCUACGACCCCGGGUUGGUUCAGGACCUUAUUUCUGCCAAUGCGAACCCGCAGGUCUUCAAUGAUAAAACCAAGUUCUACGACUUCCUUGCCCCCAUCCCCCAGCAGGGUGCUGGUCUAGUACAGGCCUACGACGCUGCCUACGCUACUACUCUUCUCUCACCUUCAAGCCUGUCCUUUAAUGACACCGACCACUUUGCCAAGGAGCUCAAGUUCGAGCUAAAGAGUGUCGGCCACGGGCCGACCACCUACAAGAUCACCCACGUUCCUGCCAUCACCAUGUACACCCUAGCCAAGAAUUCUAACUACGCCCUGGGAUUUCCCAACGAAGCGGUCCACGCUGCUGCUACUCUCAAGUUUAGCGACACUAGCAUCACUCUGCAGGGCCACCAGACCAAAACGGUUGCCGUGUCCGCCAUUCCUCCCCAAGGCCUAGAUUUUAAGCGUCUCGCCCUCUGGUCCGGCUAUAUUGCUAUCAACGGCUCUGAUGGAACGUCUCUGUCUUUGCCAUACCAGGGUCUUACUGGUUCCCUCUUCAAGUCCACGGUUCUGGCUGCCAAUGAUACCUGGGUUUCCAAGUCGACUGACGAGGAAGGCAAUCCCUUGCCACCCGGUUACACUUUCGUGCUGCCCAUGCAGGGUAUCGCUACUAACAAGGACUUGCUGCCGCAGAUCACAAUUAACCAGGCGCUCGGGUCCAGCAUUGUUCGGGCCGAUGUCGUGCCCAUCACCCCGAGCCUUUCCAAGAUGACUACCGAACACUGGGGCGUCCGGACCAUCGGCCAGCCUUUUGGUUUCCCGAUACUAUUGGCGACGCGCUCGGUGAGGGGCUACCUCUGGGAUGGUCGUCUGGAUUCGGGUGCUUUUGCUCCCCCCGGUGAGUACAAGUUUGUCGUGAGAGCUCUUAGAAUCUUUGGCGACGCGAGAAAGAAGGAGGAUUGGGACGUGAGCACGACGACUUCAAUCAUCAUCAAGUAUAAACAGUGA